AUGAAGCUGAAGGACAGGGAAGCCCUGAAGGACAGGUUUUAUGCUUGCAUGGCAGCUGGCCAUGGAGGGCUGAACCAGCUGGGAGGGGCCUUUGUGAAUGGCAGACCCCUGCCCGAAGUGGUGCGUCAGCGCAUCGUGGACCUGGCCCACCAGGGCGUGAGGCCCUGCGACAUCUCUCGCCAGCUCCGAGUCAGCCAUGGCUGUGUCAGCAAGAUCCUUGGCAGGUACUACGAGACCGGCAGCAUCCGGCCUGGAGUGAUAGGGGGCUCAAAGCCCAAGGUGGCCACCCCCAAGGUGGUGGAGAAGAUCGGGGACUACAAACGUCAGAACCCGACCAUGUUUGCCUGGGAGAUCCGAGACCGGCUCCUGGCCGAGGGCGUCUGUGACAACGACACCGUGCCCAGUGUCAGCUCUAUCAACAGAAUCAUCCGGACCAAAGUGCAGCAACCAUUCAACCUUCCCAUGGACGGCUGCGUGGCCACCAAGUCCCUGAGCCCAGGACACACGCUGAUCCCCAGCUCAGCCGUGACGCCCCCAGAGUCUCCCCAGUCUGAUUCUCUGGGUUCAACUUACUCCAUCAACGGGCUCCUGGGGAUCGCGCAGCCCGGCAGCGACAGCAAGAGGAAACUGGACGACAGUGACCAGGACAGCUGUCGGCUGAGCCUUGACUCCCAGAGCAGUGGCAGUGGGCCCCGCAAGCACCUUCGCACGGACGCCUUCAGCCAGCACCACCUUGAGCCGCUUGAGUGCCCCUUUGAUCGACAGCAGUACCCGGAGGCCUAUGUCUCCCCCAGCCACACCAAAGGCGAGCAGGGCCUCUACCCGCUGCCCUUGCUCAACAGCGCCCUGGACGACGGGAAGGCCACCCUGACUCCUUCCAAUACACCCUUGGGGCGCAACCUCUCGACUCAUCAGACCUACCCCGUGGUGGCAGAUCCUCAUUCACCCUUCGCCAUAAAGCAGGAAACCCCCGAGGUGUCCAGUUCUAGCUCCACCCCUUCCUCUUUAUCUAGCUCCGCCUUUUUGGAUCUGCAGCAAGUCGGCUCCGGGGUCCCAGCAGGUGCCUCGGUCCCGCCCUUCAAUGCCUUUCCCCAUGCUGCCUCCGUGUACGGGCAGUUCACGGGCCAGGCCCUCCUCUCAGGGCGAGAGAUGGUGGGGCCCACGCUGCCUGGAUACCCACCCCACAUCCCCACCAGUGGACAGGGCAGCUACGCCUCUUCCGCCAUCGCAGGCAUGGUGGCAGGAAGCGAAUACUCUGGCAACGCCUAUGGCCACACCCCCUACUCCUCCUACAGCGAGGCCUGGCGCUUCCCCAACUCCAGCUUGCUGAGUUCCCCGUAUUAUUACAGUUCCACAUCAAGGCCAAGUGCGCCACCUACCACUGCCGCGGCCUUUGACCAUCUGUAG